AUGUUGUCAAUCAGGAUAUCAGGGGCAAAGGUUCUGACUAAGACCAAUAAGACCCGAUCAGUAACGCUUGUCACAACUCGUUUCCACAGCACUCAGCCAUCUCAUGGUGGCUCUUCGCCGCAUCGAACAUGUCUGUCGGAGACGUUCAUCCCGCAAGAGUCAAAUCCACCCAAGAGGAGCGAUGGACAAUCAUGGCUGAGUAAUGCCGGGUACCUACGCCAAGCUCACUCUGGCAUUUUUCACAUGCUGCCGCUGGGGCAAAGGGUCCAAGAGAAGCUCGAGAGGUUGAUAGACAAGUAUAUGCAACAAGUCGGAGCCUCAAAAGUCUCACUCUCUUCGCUCUCAUCACAAGAGCUAUGGAAACAGACCAAUCGCCUGGAGGGCUAUGGGCCGGAGCUUUUCCGCCUCUCUGAUAGGAAGAAGGCGCACUUCUUGUUAGCACCAACGCACGAAGAGGAAAUCACAACUUUAGUCAAGUCGACUGUGAAGUCAUACAAGCAGCUUCCUCUUAGGCUGUACCAGAUUGGUCGCAAAUACCGUGACGAGCUGAGGCCUCGUCAGGGACUCCUACGUUCCCGAGAGUUCAUAAUGAAGGAUCUCUACACUUUUGAUGAAACUGUCGAGUCAGCGAUGCAGACAUACAGCGAAGUACGCGCCGCUUACUCACGCUUGUUCGACGAACUGAAGCUUCCUUAUGUGGUUGCCGAAGCUACGUCUGGAGAUAUUGGCGGUGAUCUCAGCCAUGAGUACCAUCUUCCGAUAUCAGUGGGGGAAGACAACGUGAUCAGCUGCGACAGCUGCUCCUAUGCGGCAAACGAAGAGCUUGCCGUGGCCAAGGUGGAUAUGCCAGCAGAGGAUGCGAAACCUCAAGCCCAGGUUUGGCGUGGCAUAUCCAAGGAUCGAACGGUGCUCGUCAAUGUCUGGUAUCCGGCUGCGGUAGGAAUCUCGGGCUAUACUAUCAACACACAUGUAAUCAACUCAAUCGUCGACCCCAGCAUUGAAAACGCGGGAUCCUUGUGGUCAACGACCACCAACGAUAAACUAUCCCCAACAAACCAGAAAGUCCUCAAUAUAUUUGACCAAAGGCUUGGGCCGAAAUUUGAGGAGGAGCUUGAUACCUUAGCCGCGAUGAUGUUACCGCCAGGCAGUGACCUCGAGCUGGCAUCACUGGAUAUCCAGGUCAUCUCAAUAUCCGACGAUGGGCAGCCCCUAAACCUUCUGCGUAUUCGUGAAGGCGACAGCUGUGCCUACUGCUCCUCCGGCAAACUCAAGAUUCAGAAGGCCAUCGAGUUAGGCCACACCUUUCACCUAGGUACCCGCUACUCCGAACCCCUCCAGGCUGCAGUCCAAAACCGCGAGGAUCAGCUCGUCACAAUGCAGAUGGGCUGCCAUGGCAUAGGUGUCUCCCGUAUCAUAGGCGCAGUCGCCGACCUCCUCGCCGACUCGAAAGGCCUGAACUGGCCCCGCGCCAUUGCGCCAUUCGAAGCCAUCAUCAUCCCCGGAAAGGAUUCAUCACAGGAGGAUGCUGAGUCUGUAUACGAUCUCCUCAAGAACCACCACGACCCGAAUGCCCAGCCGAUCGACGUCGUGCUCGACGAUACUAAGGGUAUUUUCGUUGCCAGGUUGACAGAGGCUGAUAGGGUUGGGUACCCUGUCAUCGUGCUACUCGGACGCCGGUGGGCUUCUGAAAAGAUGUGUGAGGUUCAGUGCAGGCGGCUUUCCAUCAAGGAAGAUAUUCCGUUUAAGGAUCUACCGAUGUAUAUUAACAACAUCUUGUCACAACUCUAA